UGUUUUUUUACCUCCGGCUCUCUGCCUGUUAGUUCGCACCCGAGCAACACACAGCACGUACACUUACAAACAUCGUAAACAAUUUGACCAAAGCUGUGUGACAGAAAAACUCUGCUAUAUUAUUUGUGUUAUAUUUUUCUCUACGGAUACCGUCGCAUAAUUUUAGGCGCGUUUCAUCAAUACUGUACAUCAAGAAGUUUCUGUUCGGAGGCAUCAGGUGGAGCUCGCCUCACUUCAUCACACGGCCGGUGAAGCGGCAUAUAUGGGCAACCAGGUUGACAAACUGUCACACUUAAGUUACGCCGAAGUUCCCACGAGCGACCCCAACGGACUCGACGCCGAGGACGACGGCCCGCGGAUCGGGGUCUCGUACAUUUUCGCGAGCGACGACGACGAGCUGGACGAUCAUAACCUCCAUCAUCAUGAUGGACCAGAGCGGAAUAAGGAAGAGGUGCGAUGCAACGAACUGGAAUGCGCCGUUUACCAUCGCGACGAGUGCAUUUACGAGAGGACCGUGGCGCAGACGUUCACCCCGGAGGAUUUAUUAAACCGAUGUAAGCCCGGGGACGUGCUGGAGUUCGUGUCUGGCAACCUAUACCCGCACUGGGCUGUGUACGUCGGCGACUUUCAGGUGGUGCACCUGCACCGGGCGGAGAUCAAGAACAGUUUCCUCACUGAUGCCAGUCAGGGCAGGAGAGGACGGAUCGUGAACGAGCUUUAUAAAUUCAAACCCCUCGGUCCCGACAUGGUGGUACAGAACGCAAUGGAGCAAGUGGGCGCGAAGGACCGAGAGUUAAGCUGGAGGAACUCCGAGUGUUUCGCCGCGUGGUGCCGAUUCGGUAAACGGGAGUUUAAGAUGGGGGGAGAGAUACGGAUAGGAAAACAGCCGUACAGAUUAAAGCUGCUCCUGCCUGAUAAACAGUCUCACGUGCUGGAGUUUCAGAGUCUGGAGGAUUUGAUUAUGGAGAAACGGAGAAACGAUCAGAUCGGUAAAGCCGCUGUCAUUCAGGAAUUGGCGCAUCAUUUGAACAAUUGCGGAAGUUAAGCAAUUCAUUGACGCAACAGGUGCAAGCAAGAAUGAGAAUUUAUGCCAACGUACAGUACAGUAUAUGAUGAUAUCUGACAUCACGUUAUAUGGUGAAAAAUUCAUUUUCCUUCUGUUGGAAAUCAAUAUACCUUCAUGCACCGUUACAAGGGUGAAUUCAGGUUUAUUGGGACACUUUUUGACCUUCCCUCAUGAUAAAAUGCUGUAGGCUGUACUAAAGUAUGUACUAUAAUAAACUAAUAAAUUGUAGUACACUGUAGUAUAAUUACACUAUAGUAUUACUAUAUUAUACUACACACGCACACACACACACACAAAAUAUAGUUUAUUAUAUAGUUUAUUAAAUAUAAUAGUGUAUUUUAUAGUAUUAACUAUAGUAAACGAAUAAACUGUAGUAAAUACUGUAGUGUCCUUUAAUAUUUACUAUAGUAAGAUUUAAAAUAUUAAGGAAUUUAACUACGGCUUACUAUAGUAAAUACUGUAGUAUGUUCAGAUGACUGUCGAAAACUGUCCCAACACUUUUUAUUCUGGUUGUGGUUGGGUAAAAUAUGCAAUAUACUAAACUUUAAAGGGGACAUAUCAUGAAAAUCUGACUUUUUCCAUGUUUAAGUUGUAUAAUUUUGUCCUCAGUUCUUCUAUCAAACUUAGAAAAAGUGAAAAAGAUCAACCCAGUGACUUAGUUUUGGUAAGCCAUUCUCUGCAAGCAUGUGAAAAAAUUUGUGAUGUCAUAAAGGGAUAAUACCGCCCCAUAACCUGCACUAUCCAACCACAUCACUGCCAUUUAGUGCAGAGAUCAGCUCAUUUGCAAGGACACAACAAAACGGCACAGUUUUGGUCACACCUACAAAGUGGUAAGCAAAUUAUCUAUAUGGUAUUUUGAGCUAAAACUUCACAUACAAACUCCGGGGAAACCAAAGAUUUAUUUGACAUCUUAAGUCUUCUGAAAUGUCCCCUUUCAAAACGGACUCAAAAUUGGUCACAUUUCAGGUGUGCAGGGCAGGCCAAGCACCCGAUUUCAGCAUUUGCUUUUGUUUCGUUUGGAUAGAAUAUGGACACACCCAACCAUUGGGCUUCAAUAAACCUGUGCUGGCAUGUGUCUACCCACUGCUUGGUAAAAAAUUGACAUUUUCAGGGUUAAUUUGAACCAGCGAUAGGGUUGGAUCAUAUUUUACCCAUUACAACCCAGCAGAGUGAAUCUACCUGAAUUCACCCAAUAUUUUAAGUUCGAUGGUGUUGAUAAGAUGUGAGAUGUUCUCUAUGUUGUAUAAGCAAGGCUCUAUGAGUUUCAUAAAUAGCCAUAAUUCAAGAUAUGUGCUUUCAGAGUUGCACACAAAUUGCAGCAAACUGUUCAAGUAAAUGAUGACUGUGAAUCCAGCAAU